GGGGGGGUCAGGAAAUGGGGUGCUGGGUGCUCCGUACUGGGCACCCUGCCCUGGGAUGAGGCACUGGGCACCCAGCACUGCUACUGGGUGCCGAGCACCGUGCCAGGACCCAGCGCCGAGCGCGGCACGUCGGCAUCGCGCACCGGGCAUGGGAUGCUCUGGUCCCAGCCGGCGGCAUCGGGCAAGUGCUCGGGGUGCCCUGUGUUGCCACCCCUUGUCCCCCUCCUUCCUCAGGACCACGCCGGCUCCCGCCUGAAGAUAACCCGUGCUUUUUCAGAAAGAAAUGCUGUGUGCACCUUGCCGGGGCAUCCUCGCCUGCCGUGGCUGGAUGGGGCCGCCCCUGCCUGCCCUCGCUGCUGAGCAUCGCCUGCCGCAUCCAGGGGGUCCGGGGCCUGUGGGGGAGGACGCCCCGGGUCCGUGCAUCAAGGGGAGCCGGGCCAGAGCCAGGGCUCUGCCUUUCCACGGCGUGCGCAGCUCCCAAAAUGCAGCAGCCGGUGCCCUAAGGACCCAGGCAGGAGACACCUGCGGCUCAGCGAGAGGCUUGGCGUUUUUCAGUUGUGUGGGCGCUGACGCCAACGUCACCGCCGGCCACGGCACGGAGGGGCUCGCCUGCGGCACGGCCGAGAGCUGCACGGGGAACAUGACGCAGCUGAGGCGGCACGGUCACUUCUCCAGGUGCCCCGAGGAGUACAAGCACUACUGCGUCAGAGGGAGAUGUCGCUUCCUCGUGGCCGAGAAGGCUCCAGCUUGCGUGUGCGAGCGAGGCUACACGGGGGCUCGCUGCGAGAGAGUGGACAUCUUCUACCUGCGAGGCGACCGGGGCCAGAUCGUGGUCAUCUCCUUGAUCGCCGCCAUCGUCACCCUCAUCAUCCUCAUCAUCUGCGCCUGCCUCUGCAGUCACCACUGUCGGAAGCAGCGUAGGAAGAGAAAGGCAGAAGAGAUGGAGACGUUAAACAAGAAUUUGCCUUCUAAAAGCGAGGACGUGCUGGAGACGGGCAUUGCGUGAAGGAGCUCCAGGUACCUGCAGGCGGGUCCCAGACGGCGGCACCGGCUGGCUCGAUGGGCGAGGGCUAAAACCUACAACGGCUUGAAUAAAGGGGUGACGGAAAGAUGGCCACGUGUCGCCACGGUCCUUACGGACCCCUCUCGCCACCAGCCCCCACCGGCGGGGUGGGGGUCAGGCCCGGCCAUGCCGCUGCGCUCCCCAAAUCCGCCCCCUCCACACACACCCCCAGCCCAUCCUGCACCAGCGGCAUUUUCCCGCCAUUUUGCCUGCCUCUCAGAUGCGGGGGCCCGGCAUUUCCCCCACUGCCGUUCCUCCCCCCCCUCCCCGCCGGGCGAACGGGGCACGGACAGUUCUCCCCGGUACCGGGAAGCUGCGAUGUCGCCCUGAGGCCACCAGGGGGCGCUUCGCCCCGCCGUGCAGCUCCGCGUCCGCCAGGGGGCGCCGCCGUGCGGGACAGGUGCGCGGCUGCCCCCCCCCGAGGCUUCAAAACCCCCUCGCGACCGCCAGGGGGCGCCGCAGCGGCGGGAACGGCGGGAACAAGCGCGGCGGCGGCGGCGGGGGCGGCGGGGGCGGCGGGGGUUCCCGGGGCUGGGGGCGGCGGGGGCUCUGCCGGGACCGGGGGACCGUCUGCGGGCGGCUCGGGGGCCGUGCCGGGGCGGCUUCCCCGCCAUGGCUGCUGCCGGUACCUCUGUCGCUUCUCCCCGCCCGGGGUCCAGCGGAUACCGGCGUCCCCGGGCGUGCUCCGGGCCGCGACCGGGACGAGGGUGCCGCUAAGCCGAGCACCGGCUGCAGGUGUGCCGAGCCCAGGUGUUUAGUCUCCCCGGGGCUCCUCCGGCCGCGGUUCUCACGGUCCCGCCGCGGGGCGGCCGCAGCCGGCGGGUGGGAACCGGGGGCGACGCCGUCUCCCCGCGCUGGCGGGCUCCGGUGCGGGAGCGGGGGCACCGGCCGCUGCCCGGCAGCGGGUGCUGCCCCCGUCUCCUCCCGGGGCCGGACCCCCCGGCUCUCGGCGAGGAGCUCAGGCCGGGACCCACGGGGGACCGUGGGCAGACGCCGGCUGGUUGCGGCACCCCGGGUUCCCCAGCGUCAGGAGCUGCCCUGCCUGCCCCGGCAGCCACGGCGGCUGCAGCUCGGCCUGUGGGGCUGGGGGUCCCCAGCAGCCCCCGAUUUCCACCACGGGAUCAGCCCCUGCUUGAACCGUGACCUGGUGACCGGCCGUGGGGGCUCCGCACGCCGCGUCUCCCAGCCGGUACCUGGGGGAGACGGGGGGCCGGGGGGUCUCCCGAGGCGGCCGGUGACCCCUCCUGCCGCCGGGCUCCCUCCUCCCAGUGCAGGCACCGGUUUUUUCUCCCCAGCUCUUUUCCAGAAUGGCCGACGGCAGGACAGACCCCUGCGGGCUGGCGCUGGCUCUGCUGGACCUGGGGAGAGCUGGGACUGCUCAAAAUGCGCUGCGGUGGGAGCAGAGGCCGCUCCAGGGAUCCGCACCGGCUCCUGCAGCCUCGUUGGUGAGACGGCGAAGCCGGCCUGGCCGGGCACGGGGUGCCAUGGCCGUCCCGGUGCUGCCGGUCCCUGGGAGGCGUUGGUGGCACCGGGGAUGCCGCGUGGCUGUGCCGACGCGGGGGAAGGCUCAUCCCGGUGCCCGGGUGAGGAUCACGGCCCCGAGGCAGCGAGCGCCGAGGGACACCGGCAGGGAGGAUGAGGACGUGCCCGGUGAGGUCCAGCUCCUGGUCAGCUCCAGCUCAGUUUCGGUUCCAGCUCGUCUCCUCUCCAGUGCAGUUGGUCUCCAGCUCUGUUUGGUGCCUCAGCUCCACUCCAGCUCCAGCUGAUUCCCAGUUCCGGGGUGUCUGUGGCUCCAGCCCCGUACAGCUCAUGCUUGUUCCAGCGAUCCUGGCUUUUGGCCAGGCCGUAAAUCAAUCACUGUCACCUCUUGGAUAUGAAUAUGACCUGUCAUAACUGCGCGCGCGUUGAGUCAGUGGUUUGUGUUCAGUGUUUAUUACGUGUGUACCUUGAAUAAAGAGUUGGACGAAG